UUAAACGACCAAAACAAGUUUCAAACGACACAUAUCGAAGCCAUGUUUGUUCCUCUAAACUAAACACAAACGUGUUGAAAUUCCAGUGUGAGUGACGCGAGAGAGAGUAUCAGAAUCAAUCAACCAUGUCGUGUUGUUUAUCUUGCUGCGCAUCUCUAACCUGUGGUCUCUGCUCCUCCGUGGCAUCUGGUAUCUCCCAAAAAUCUGCCAGGAUCGGUUACUGUUUUCUCUUCGGCGCUUCCCUCGUCGUUUCUUGGAUUUUCAGAGAAAUUGGAGCACCCCUUUUGGAGAAAAUACCAUGGAUAGAUUCAUCUGAUACUCACACAAAGGAAUGGUAUCAAGUGCAAGCAGUUCUUCGUGUGAGUUUGGGGAAUUUCUUGUUCUUUGGCAUUUUAGCUCUUAUAAUGAUUGGUGUGAAGGACCAGAAUGAUAGGCGUGAUUCAUGGCACCAUGGUGGAUGGACUGUAAAACUGGUGAUCUGGCUUUUGCUGCUUGUCCUCUCGUUCUUUCUUCCUGAUGUCAUAAUACUAGUAUAUGGAUUCAUAUCAAAAUUUGGGGCUGGAUUGUUUUUAUUGGUUCAGGUGAUAAUUUUACUUGACUGCACGCACGCUUGGAAUGAUGCAUGGGUUGAGAAAGAUGAACAGAAAUGGUAUGUUGCUUUACUUGCUGUAUCUGUCGGAUGCUACAUUGGAGCAUAUGCAUUGUCGGGAAUUCUUUUUAUUUGGUUCAACCCUGCUGGAUAUGAUUGUAGCAUCAAUGUCUUCUUCCUCGUCAUGACUAUGAUUCUUGGUUUUCUACUUGCAAUUAUUGCUUUACAUCCUCGGGUGAAUGGAAGCUUGUUGCCUGCAGCUGUGAUUUCCCUUUACUGUGCUUACUUGUGUUACACUGGUCUUUCUAGUGAGCCUCGAAACUAUGAGUGCAAUGGUCUAAACAAGUCUAAAGCAGUCACCACAAGUACGCUUGUUCUUGGCAUGGUAACAACGGUGCUAUCGGUGUUGUAUUCUGCUCUUCGUGCAGGGUCUUCGACCACAUUCUUAUCACCACCUUCUUCACCGAGAUCAGAUAUCCUCAUUGACAUCCCCCCUCAAAUUGAUGCGGUUUGUCAAGAAGCAUCAAUUUGCUAAGAAGAAACUGGUGACGGGCACGAGGAACCGCUUUAGUGAAGAUAUCUGCAAGCUGAAGCUGCGAGGAGACAUGAGGAAGAGAGAUAACAUGAUCAUCAAGAGCCUCACGAAUGGAGUGACAAUCCACUUCAAUAUGCUUAGUGCGCUCAUGAAAAACUGGAUUAGUAGCAAUCUGAAUAGCGCUUGUGUUGUCAGCAUGGAGAGGCGUAGCAUUGAUUUGAGGGAAUCCGAGUUCAGCCAAUAAACCACGAAGCCAAGUUAUUUCAGAGCAAGCAGUGGACAUAGCUCGAUAUUCAGACUCAGUGGAUGACUUGGAAACGCGGGCUUGCUUUUUGCUCUUCCAAGAAAUUAAGGCCGGACCAAGGAACAUGCACCAACCGGACACCGACCUUCGUGUAUCAGCACAACCUGCCCAAUCAGCAUCACUAUAGGCAAGCAAAGUAAGAGAUGUACUGGCCGGAAAAAAUAAUCCUCGAUAAGACGUUCCUUUCAAAUAGCGAAUGAUGCGACGAACAGCAGCCAAGUGAAGAUGACGAGGAGUGUGCAUGAAUUGACUAACUUGUUGUACGGCAAAGGAAAUAUCUGGACGUGUAAUAGUCAAAUAGUUAAGACUUCCCACCAAUUGACGAUACAAUAAAGGAUCAGGCAAAAGAUCACCCUCAUCACGAUGAUAUUUGACAUUAACUUCAAGAGGAGUAUCCACAGGGACAGCAGAUUGAAGACCAGCCAAAGAAACUAAGUCCUCAGUAUACUUGUGCUGAUUGAGAAAAAUACCUUUGGAGUCAGAAUGAACCUCAAGCCCCAAGAAAUAGUGAAGAUACCCAAGAUCCUUCAUGUGAAAGGAAGCUUGAAGCUGCUGUUUAAGUAGUUGUAUGGACGCUUGAUCAGAGCCAGUAAUGAUCAUGUCAUCAACAUAAAUGAGAAGAAGAACAAUACCAGCGGACGUGUGAUGAAUGAAUAAGGAGGAAUCAUAUUGGCUCUGAGAAAAAGAGAAUCCAAGAAGGGUAGACCGAAAUUUCUCAAACCAUGCCCGAGGAGCCUGCCGCAAGCCAUAUAAAGAACGCUUGAGUUUGCACACGCCUUCAGAGGAAGAAAACAAGCCUGGAGGAGGUUUCAUAAAAAUAUCUUCUGCUAAAUCACCAUGAAGAAAUGCAUUCUUCACAUCCAUUUGAUAUAGGGACCAACCUUUAGAGGCAGCAAUAGAAAGGAUUGUGCGGACAGUGGUCAUCUUUGCCACAGGUGCAAAGGUCUCAUCAUAAUCCACCCCGUAUUCUUGUUUGUUACCCAAAGCAACCAACCGGGCCUUAUAACGAUUGAGAGAACCAUCAGAAUUUAACUUCACAGAGUACACCCAUUUGCAACCAAUAGGUUUAACACCAAGAGGGCAAGGGACUAUGUCCCAAGUGAAAUUCUCCUGAAGUGCUUGUAGCUCAUCUUGCAUGGCCUUUACCCAACGCAUGUCCUUAACAGCCUGCGAAUAACAUGUGGGAAUAGGUAUACUAGAUAAAGUAGCAGUAAGAGAAGUAGGCUCCCAUCCAUACCUAUCAGGUGUUCGAUGCAGGCGAGUGGAUCGACGCAGGGUAACUGGUGCUGAUUCAGGCGGAGGAUCAGCAUCGGGAGCCUACAAAAAUCAGUUUUCUGAAAACUAUUGAAAUAAAACCAGAAGAUGGUUCAUAGGGUUAAAUUGGUCCUCUUUUGUUCUUAAAAGUUGAAAGUAAAUAAAUAGAAUAAUUUUUUUAGUUUUCC